AUGACCAGAACACCGACACCUUCAAAAACACCACCACCACCAAGUUCAUCAAAAUCAUCAAAUAUAAAACAAGAAGAUGAAGUGAACCCACCUCCAAAGAAGAAGAAAAGACAAAAAACUUUUACAGGAUGUUUUACAUGUAGAUCAAGAAAGAUUAAAUGUGAUUUAAAAAGACCAAGUUGUGAAAAAUGUUUAAAAGCUAAAUUAACAUGUGCCGGAUAUGAUGUAAAUCUACGAUGGUCUUUACCUAUAGAAUAUGUUCCUUUAAAAAAUGGUGAUGUUAAAUCCAAAACAAUUAAAUUCCCAACUUUAGAUGGAACGAUUGAGAAAGAUACUAAUGGUACUACUACAGGAAAUGUACAACCUGAAUUUUUUCAUAGAAGAUUAGUUGAAUUUGUUAAAUGGCAAAAACCUUAUACUACAUAUGAAGGAAUGGAUCAAGAUUUAGCAUUUUUACAAAGUAAUAAUACAACAAAUAAAUUAAAUAAAGAAAGUGAUACGAUUUUUAAAGGAGCAUUUGGAGUCUUUUUAGGUUCAAAAAGAAGAAAGAUUGAUUUGGCUCCUAAAACUUUGAAAAGAAAACGAACUACUGAACAAAUUUCAACUCCAGAUAGUAUGAAAUCGAAUACAGGAGUACCUUCGUCUUCUUCUUCAUCGUCAGAGACACAACAGUCACAACAGUCACAACAACAGCAACAGCAGCAUCAACAACAGCAACAACCACAAGAUCAAUUUUGGUUAUCGAAUGAAUUAAAAGAUGCAGCAUUAGUCACAGCAGCAGCCUUAAAUACUCAUUACCUAGAUAUUAUGAAUAAUUUUGAUCAAAAUGGAAAUGUAAUAACUCAAACAUCAACAACUAAUUCAACAUCUACACCAUCUACAUCUACGCAAAAUUAUAAUCUGGAUUUAUUCAAUUUAGUCUUUCAUAAUAAUAAAAAUCAUCAAAAUUUUAAUAUUGAUCAAAUUCCAAUAACAAAUUCAUUAAAUGAUAAUGAAAAUUUAAUUGAUCCAAUAUAUUAUUCAAAUUUUUCAAAUUUUUUUUAUAAUAAUCCUUAUCAAUUAAAUGAAAAUUUAGAAAUUCAAUUAUAUACUCAAACUACAGAUAUUGAUGAAUUAGUUGAUGGUGAUCAUUUAAAUGAUAAAAAAUUAUUAACAUUCAUAAUGAAACCUGUUCAAAAUCCAAUUAAUUUAUCAUUUGACUUAACUUUACCUUCUCAUAUUGGAAUUCCAUUAACUGCAUUACAAGUUCAACCAUUAACAAGAUAUUUAUUAAAUUAUUAUGUUACAGAAGUUGCUGAUUUAAUGACUGUUAUACCUCUUACAGAAAAUCCUUGGAAAGCUAUAUAUUUUCCAAGAGCAUUAAUGGCAAUUGGUGAAUUAUCAGCAUUAGGUAAAACAACAAAUGCAAAAAAUGCUUUAUUAAAUGCUUUAUUAGCAGUUUCUGCAUUUAAUUUACAAUCAAAAUUUCCUAAAAAUUCAGAACCAAUGAAAUUUUAUUUAAAUUUAGGUAUAGCAUUAAGAAAUCAAGCAAGUUUAUAUAUUAAAAAAUUAUUAAAUAUUCAAAAUAAUAAUGUUCAAUCCGGUAUUGAAUAUUGUGUUAAAAAUGAAAAAUAUAAAGAUGUAUUAUGUGCAGUUAUGAGUAUGAUUAGUGUUGAUUUAGUAUGGGGAACAAUGCAAGAUACAAAUUUAUAUAUUUCUUGGUGUGGGAAAGUUAUUGUUUCUAAAAUGUUAAUAAAGAAAAAAUUAUCACCAAAAGCUAAAAUAUUACAUAGAAUUUUUUCUUCAUUAAAAUUAAUUCAAGAUUCAACAUGUCUUAAUUUUGAUAAAAUAAAUGAUUUAAGUGGAUAUGAUGUAAAUGGAGAUAAAUUUACUUCACAAAGUAAAAAUAAAAUUGAUUUUAUAAUAAAUAAUUCAUCAUCAUUAAAUCUGAAUAGAACGACAUCACCAAAAUUUGUUAAUAAAAAAUUAAUCAAUACUAAAAAGAAUGAUGAAAAUUUUGCAACUGAUGCAUUAUAUGGUUUACCAAAUUCUUUAAUUAUAUUAUUUAGUGAAACUGUUGAAUUAUUAAGAUCUAAAAUUUAUUAUAAACAUACAAAUACUAAAUUAAAUGAUUUUGAUUAUAAAGCUAAAAAUUUAGAAACAAAAUUACAAAAUUGGAAAUUAGACUGGGAAUUAUUUGAAAAAGAUAAAAAUCAAAAUACUGAUGAUAACAUAGAUUAUGAAGAUUUAAAUUUGAAAUUUUUUUCAUCUAUGCAUCAAGUAACUUAUCAUCAUAUAAUUUCAUUUUAUCAUGCAUUAGUAAUAUAUUUUAAAAGAUUUAUUAAAGAUAUUGAACCAAUUCAUUUACAAGAUAAAGUAAUUAAAACAUUAAAUCAUUUAAAUUCAAUUCAAUUAUUAAUUGCAAAAGGUGAAGCAUCAUUUAUACCAUUAUUUUGGCAAGGUUUUAUAGCUGGUUGUGAAGCUAUAUCAAUUGAUUUACAAAAUGGAUUUAAAAAAUGGGGAAAUGAUAUAGCUCAAUAUUUAGGUUCAUAUUGGGGAGCAAGACAAAUUAUGUUGGAAGUUUGGAGAAGAAAAAUGAAUAAAGAACCAAAAGAUGAUUGGGUUAAUGUUGUUAAAGAUUGGGAGAUGAACUUAAUGUUAAAUUAG